GCACGUCACUUCCUGUUUCUUUAGGGGAACGUGGCUUUCCCCGCAGCGCCCGUCCCUCCAUCUGCGUUCUUGCUGCAGCGGCCGGAGCUGGAGUGAGAGCCCGAGCGCAGCCUCGCCAUGGACUCGGCCCUCAGCGACCCGCACAACGGCAGCGCCGAGGCCGGCGGCCCGGCCAACGGCACGACGCGGCCGCCUUCCACGCCCGAGGGCAUCGCGCUGGCCUACGGCAGCCUCCUGCUCAUGGCGCUGCUGCCCAUCUUCUUCGGCGCCCUGCGCUCGGUGCGCUGUGCCCGCGGCAAGAACUCCUCGGACAUGCCCGAAACCAUCACCAGCCGGGAUGCCGCCCGCUUCCCCAUCAUCGCCAGCUGCACACUCUUGGGGCUCUACCUCUUUUUCAAAAUAUUCUCCCAGGAGUACAUCAACCUCUUGCUGUCCAUGUAUUUCUUCGUGCUGGGAAUCCUGGCGCUGUCCCACACCAUCAGCCCCUUCAUGAAUAAGUUUUUUCCAGCCAGCUUCCCAAAUCGACAGUAUCAGCUGCUCUUCACACAGGGCUCUGGGAAAACAAGGAAGGUCAAAAUCAUCAAUUAUGAGUUUGACACUAAGGACCUGGUGUGCCUGGGCCUGAGCAGCAUCGUUGGUGUCUGGUACCUGCUGCGGAAGCACUGGAUUGCCAACAACCUUUUUGGCCUGGCCUUCUCCCUUAAUGGGGUGGAACUUCUGCACCUGAACAACGUCAGCACCGGCUGCAUCCUGCUGGGUGGACUCUUCAUCUAUGACGUCUUCUGGGUAUUUGGCACCAACGUUAUGGUGACUGUGGCCAAGUCGUUUGAGGCACCAAUAAAAUUGGUGUUUCCCCAGGAUCUGCUGGAGAAGGGCCUCGAAGCAGACAACUUUGCUAUGCUGGGACUCGGAGAUAUCGUCAUUCCAGGGAUCUUCAUCGCCUUGCUGCUGCGUUUUGACAUCAGCCUGAAGAAGGACACCCACACCUACUUCUACACCAGCUUCGCCGCCUACAUCUUCGGCCUGGGCCUCACCAUCUUCAUCAUGCACGUCUUCAAGCACGCCCAGCCUGCCCUCCUCUACCUGGUACCUGCAUGCGUUGGCUUUCCCGUCCUGGUCGCGCUGGCCAAAGGAGAAGUGACAGAGAUGUUCAGCUACGAGUCCUCUGCGGAAAUCCUGCCUCAUACCCCGAGGCUCACCCACUUCCCCACGGUCUCGGGCUCCCCUGCCAGCCUGGCCGACUCCAUGCAGCAGAAGCUAGCUGGCCCUCGUCGCCGGCGCCCGCAGAAUCCCAGCGCCAUUUAUGAGGAGUCAAAUCCUAAGGAUCCAGCAGCAGCAACAGAAUCCAAAGAGGCCACAGAGGCAUCAACAUCGAAGGGACUAGAGAAGAAGGAGAAAUGAUGCAGCUGGUACCUGACCCCCUCAGGGCCAGACCAGCCAGGCGGGGAUGGACUGACAGGCGUGCGUGGGCAGAGGGUACAGGAGACCGCUCCAGGACAGGGAAGCAGGCAGCAGGAUCCCUCCGGCGGGUCUCUGUGGCCUGUUUCCCUCUCCCCCUUCUCUGGCCCUCCUCUGCUCCUCCUCACCCCCUGCAGGCAAAGGAAACCCCCAGCUCCCUCCCUCCCCAGAGCCAGGUGGGAGACUGGGUGUGAUUUUUAGGUUUUUGUAUUGUGGACUGACUUUGCCUCACAUUAAAAACUGCUCCCACGGCCA